CACACACACACACAUCUCACACACACACAGAUUAGUAGCGUACACAGAAGUAUUUAAACUGCUUCUCCUGCCAACCUUCACAAGCUCAUCUAAUUUCUGCCAAAUCACAGAGACUGCAUCGUGACUGAACAUGAUGACGCUGUAACUGGAAGAACAAAGAGCUUUUAAACCUCAGUGAAGGAACUGUACAAGAUGGCCGACGUUACAGAGCAUCAGCCGUUACUGAGGAAACAACAGGAGACGAAGGUUCCCAGUAAGAUCCUGCUAAUGGUUGUUUGGGCUGCAGGAAUUGGAGGAACUUUUCAGUACGGCUACAACAUCUCUAUCAUAAACGCUGCAACUAAGGAAGUGCAGCACUUUAUUAACCAGACCUGGAUGCAGCGUUACGACAGAAACAUCUCACCAGAGCUCCUCACACUGCUCUGGUCCUCCAUCGUCUCUGUGUUCACUAUUGGGGGAUUAGUGGGAGCUUCAGUUGGAGCUUCUCUAGCAGUGCACUUUGGAAGAAAAGGAACGUUGUUGAUCAACAACUCGUUCUCUCUGUUAGCAGCAGUGCUAAUGGGCUUGAGUUAUCUUACUGCUGUGUUCGAGCUGCUCAUCGCUGCUCGUUUCAUCUCCGGGAUAAACGCAGGUGUAGGGAUCUGUGUUCAGCCGCUGUACCUGGGGGAAAUUGCCCCCCGUGCUCUGCGUGGCACCAUGGCGAUGGGAACGUCCAUCUUCAUCACAGGAGGAAUUGUAACAGGACAAGUGAUGGGACUGACUGAAAUAUUAGGUGGAGAACAGUACUGGCCUCUUCUCCUUCUCUCUCCGUGUCUUCCUGCUGUUCUUCAGCUCAUUUUCUUGCCACAGUUUCCUGAAAGUCCUCGAUUCCUGCUGAUCGACCGAGCUGAUGAAGUUUCUUGCACCAUUGCUUUGAAGCAGAUCCAUGGUGGAGAACAUUUCCAGGUUGAGAUGGAGGAAAUGCAGCGAGAACGAAUCAGUGCUGAAGGAAUCGAGCCUAAAAAACCCUGGCAGCUUUUUACUGAGUGCAGAAACCGCUGGCCUCUUUUUAUCAUCAUCAUAAUCAGUACAGCACAGCAGCUCAACGGCAUCAACGCUAUUUAUUUCUAUGCAGAAUAUAUCUUUAGUGAAGCUGGAAUUCCAUCCGAAAACAUUCCUUAUGUCACCGUGGGAACAGGAAUGUGUGAGUGUGUAACAGCGCUAACGUGUAGUUUACUGAUUGAACGAUUGGGACGUCGAGCUCUGAUUAUUGGAGGAUAUUCCCUCAUGUCUUUGUGGUGUGUCUGCUUUACUCUCACACUCAGCUUUCAGAAGUCCAGCUCCUUGGUGCCGUAUCUCAGCAUGCUCUGUGUUUUCGCCUUCAUCCUCAGCUUUGGCCUUGGACCAGGUGGUGUGACAAACAUUCUGAUUACAGAGCUUUUCACCCAGACCACUCGUCCUGCAGCAUACAUGAUCGCUGGCUCAGUCAACUGGCUCAGUUUCUUCUUCAUUAGCUUGGUGUUCCCCUUCAUAGUGGUACGUCCCACCAGUGUAACUGUGACUUACAGAGCAGUGUUCCCCUUCAUAGUGGUACGUCCCACCAGUGUAACUGUGACUAAUAGAGCAGUGUUCCCCUUCAUAGUGGUACGUCCCACCAGUGUAACUGUGACUAAUAGAGCAGUGUUCCCCUUCAUAGUGGUACGUCCCACCAGUGUAACUGUGACUUACAGAGCAGUGUUCCCCUUCAUAGUGGUACGUCCCACCAGUGUAACUGUGACUAAUAGAGCAGUGUUCCCCUUCAUAGUGGUACGUCCCACCAGUGUAACUGUGACUAAUAGAGCAGUGUUCCCCUUCAUAGUGGUACGUCCCACCAGUGUAACUGUGACUAAUAGAGCAGUGUUCCCUUCAUAGUGGUACGUCCCACCAGUGUAACUGUGACUAAUAGAGCAGUGUUCCCCUUCAUAGUGGUACGUCCCACCAGUGUAACUGUGACUUACAGAGCAGUGUUCCCCUUCAUAGUGGUACGUCCCACCAGUGUGACUUACAGAGCAGUGUUCCCCUUCAUAGUGGUACGUCCCACCAGUGUAACUGUGACAUAGAGCAGUGUUCCCCUUCAUAGUGGUACGUCCCACCAGUGUAACUGUGACUUACAGAGCAGUGUUCCCCUUCAUAGUGGUACGUCCCACCAGUGUAACUGUGACUUACAGAGCAGUGUUCCCCUUCAUAGUGGUACGUCCCACCAGUGUAACUGUGACUUACAGAGCAGUGUUCCCCUUCAUAGUAGAACCUUGCUAAAUGUUAGAACAUUCACUUGAAAACAGUUCACACAUGAAUGAUUUACUGGAAUAAAUAUUUUCUCU